GGGGCGGCCCUUGGCCAGGAGCCUGGCAGCCGGGCGGGCCAACCCUUUCUCAGCAGAGAUCCCUGGCACAGACACAUGGCGGGCGACAGCGAGCAGCGGCUCCAGGGCCAAGGCCAGGGCGAGAGGAGCCAGGGCCAGAGCGGAGAGCCUUUCCUGAUCGGAGUCAGCGGCGGUACAGCCAGCGGCAAGUCCUCUGUCUGUGCCAAAAUUGUUCAGCUGUUGGGCCAGAAUGAUGUAGACCAUCACCACAAGCAAGUUGUGAUUCUGAGUCAAGACAGCUUCUAUCGGGUACUCACCACUGAGCAGAAAGCCAAAGCCCUCAAGGGGCAAUUCAACUUUGACCACCCAGAUGCAUUUGAUAAUGAGCUGAUCGUCAAAACACUCAGGGAGAUCAUGGAGGGGAAGACUGUUCAGAUACCUGUUUAUGACUUUGUGUCCCAUUCUCGCAAAGAAGAGACUGUAAGUGUGUAUCCUGCUGACGUGGUUCUGUUUGAAGGAAUUUUGGCUUUCUACAGCCAGGAGGUCCGGGACCUUUUCCAGAUGAAGCUCUUUGUGGAUACUGAUGCAGACACACGGCUCUCCCGAAGGGUUCUUCGAGACAUCAGUGAGCGUGGCAGGGACCUCGAGCAGAUCUUAUCUCAGUAUAUUACAUUCGUCAAGCCAGCCUUUGAAGAAUUUUGCUUGCCUACCAAGAAAUAUGCUGAUGUGAUUAUCCCAAGAGGGGUGGAUAACCUUGUGGCCAUCAACCUGAUUGUGCAACACAUCCAGGACAUCUUGAAUGGAGGCCUUGGCAAGCGGCAGCCCAAUGGGUACCUGAAUGGCUGUACUCCUCCCCGCCAACGACAGCCCUCAGAAUCAAGCAGCCGGCCGCAUUGACCUCGACGAUGCCAGGAGGUCCUGCACUGUUGCUCCUCUUGGCCUUUGCCCUGUAUUUAAGACCUUCCCCCACCUGCCGGGAUUGAGUGCCUGUCUGCUGCGGAGAUUAGUGCGUCCCUACUGAAAGAGGAUCUUCUCUUCCCUGGCCAGAUAUUGCCUGCCUGCAGUGCCUUUGCUCCAGAGUCCACAAGGAAGGGCUAAAUCCCUCAAUAAGCUGUAGUGUGCAAUGGCAAGAUGAUGCCUCAGUCUGGCUGGUGAGACCGUGCAAUUACGAAGUGUUACCUGAUGCAUGCAAUGGAAUUGAAACAGAACCGGGUGGCCAAAAGAUUAUGUCAUUAGCUAAAUGUUACACCUGAACCUUAAUUUUAUAUUAUGAAUAAGAAAGGAAAGAAUACUGGCAGAGGGUGCUGUUGUUAUUUCCAUUUCUCAGAAAUAUGUGUCAUAUCCAGUCUUGUUUUGGUGGGUUUGAGGAAGAGAGCAGAGAUGGUGAGAAGAAGACAAGAGGUUCCAUCCCAUUUUCAGCAAUCUCACAAUACAAACAGGCAAUGCCACUUUUACCCCAUCUCAACUCCCACACCAAAACUGCUUUUUUUUUUGUUGUCUCAGGAGUGACUUGAGAAACUGCAAGUCGCUUCUGGUGUGAGAGAAUUGGCCGUCUGCAAGGACGUUGCCCAGGGGACGCACGGAUGAAUUGAUGUUUUUAUCAGCCUUGUGGGAGGCUUCUCUCAUGCCCCCGCAUGAGGAGCUGGAGCUGACAGAGGGAGCUCAUCCGCCUCUCCCCGGAUUCGAACCUGUGACCUGUUGGUCUUCAGUCCUGCCAGCACAGGGGUUUAACCCACUGCGCCACGGGGGGCUCCACCAAAACUGCUUAAAUGCCAGAAUUUAAAUACUUGUUUUUCAGCUUGUUAGCUAAUCUUGACAUGUGAGGCUAAAUCAUUUUGAUUUUUCCUUGUUCUUCAGC